AUGUCUCUUCCCGAGAUGAUUGAUGCCGAAAAUAGCCGUAAACAUAUACGCGUUGUGAAUGUAAAUUAUCCUCAGACAAUCGAAAAUGUAAAAGAAAAAAAAUGUGGUAUACGUUUGCGUUAUUACUUUCAAGGGUUUCGCGGUGGAUCCGAACGUCUACAUUAUCAGACACAUAUGAUGUAUUUACCUGCUGGUCAUUAUAGUGUAAAGGAAAUGUUAAAAGUUCUAAAUAUGUAUGUGGAGGAGUACGAUGUGACAUUUGUACUACAACGAGGUGGUCGUGUCGGUGUUCAGUUUUAUCCCAAUCUAACAUACGUGCGUAAUUUAUCGGUAGGGGGUGACGGUAUGACUUAUAGCAAUCAAAUGGUGUCUAGUACACAUAAGGCCACAAUAACGGGUUUCGAAAUAGUAAUGACCGAUCAUUUGACAUAUAUGUUGGGUUUGACUGAAUGGGUCGUGCACCCUGUGGUACAGGAAGCUAUUGACAUAGGUGCUUAUGGAAAAACAUACCCGAUGAUGUUCAUAUUAAUGGCUGCUAAAUUGCCCGAACAUUAUACGUUUUAUGGGAAAUUUUUACCUGAUAUCAGCAAUGGAAUAACGGAAUUUUUUAUUUACUGCGACGAAGUAGAACAAUGUACCGUCGGCGAUGUUAAAGCUAGACUUUUAGCUAUUGUACCUAUUAAUGUACGUGGAAGCUCAGGGAAGUGCUUCAUUGUGUAG